AUGUAGCCAUUUUUUGCGCAAUUUAGUAUGGAUUUCAGAUAUUUAAUUUAUGAAGAAGCUAAUUUAUUCAACACAAGCUUUAGCGAUAUGUAUUUUUGAUCUUUAUUUAUCAGUUUUCAAUCAUUUGAUAGUGAUAUAUCAUUUUAGUUAGCAAAUUAAUCGCCGCCAUUUCUUCAUAUUGAAAAUCCAGGAAUUUAAAUGGUAUCUAUCAAUAGAAAUGAAGGAAGAAGCUUGUAAUUAUUAUAUUUGAAAUUAGUCAAAAAAAGUAGAUUUAAGAGAUGUACACAAGAUUAAGAAAACAUGAAAUUAAAAAUACCAUAUUAAAUAAAAGUGAGCCUUAUAUAAAAAUAACUGUUAUUAAAAACCAAAAUCUAUUAAACCCUACUGAGUAAAUUGAAUACUUUAUAAAUUAAUUUGGGUAUCUGUGUUUUUUAAAGAAAGUAUGAUAGGUUCUAUAAAAAAUGCUGAUUCAGAAGAUGUUAUCAUAGGUAGACAAGAGAAACUUGAAAACUAUUAAGGCUAAUUAAUAUUUCCUAAUGACAUAAGUAAAUAAAUGAAUAAGUUUAGUUUUAAAAGAAAGUGAGAGAUUGAUUUCUAGGAUUCAUUGCAAAAUAAUCUUUAAAGACUUUUUUAGGAAAAAAACUUCUCUAUUACCUUUAUAUCAAAAAACCUUAUGCGAAUUAAGAUUACCUUAUAAUAUAAUUUCGAAAAUUUAAUCCUAUUUAGAGUAUUAUAUUUGUAUUUUUAAGGGAACCAAAAGAUUGUUAUGUUUAAGAUAUCGGAAGUGUAUUUGGAACACAUAUAAAAGUUAAUAGAAACUAUUCAGCAAUGAAAAAAUAUCAAUAAUAUAGUAUUGGGAGUGAAACAACAAUUCAGAUUCUUGAAAUUCAUAAUUUAGGAUCAGAAUAAAAGCCAAAGGAUUAAGAGUUCGAGAGAUUGAUAUCAAAAUUAAGAAAUGCCAAAUAUAAGUGUUCUUUGUAAGGACUAGAUCUAAAACACUAUGACAGAACACUAUUGGUAGACUAAAGUUUUGAUUAAAUUCUAACUAAUCUAAAAUGUUAUAAAGUACCAUUUAUUGUGAUCAAAUUUGGAGGAUCUGGAGUGACAGAUCACAAUUAGAAUAUUUUUUUCGCUAAAGAUUUCUCUACUGUAUUUUCAAUUGGAAGAGGGAAUGAAAAUAAUGUCAGAAUCAAUUCAAAUACAAUAUCUAGGAAAUAGACUAGAUUUAGAUUUAACUUAAAGUAUCCAUAUUAGGUCUAAAUAUAUAGAGAAAAUAAUUGGGAAAUUGCAGAUGGAAGUUAAGAAAAGGAAUCAGCUAACGGGACAUGGAUGUAAUUGUAAAAAAUCCAAGAAAGAGAUUAAAAACUUGAAUCGUAGAUUCAUCCUUUGAAACAUUAAUCAGAAAUAAAAAUAAGUGAAUACAUUUUGAAAAUUGAACUUUUUAAGGGAAAGUAUAUUUUUAAUUUAUAAAUUAAGUUAAUAAGAAAAAACUAGACUUGAAUUUAUGAAAUCUUUUUUAUGA